AUGAGUAUCCUACUUAACCAUAAAUAUGAAAUUAUCUUUUGGCAGUUGGAAUCGGAGGAUUUCCAAAGGUUAGUGAACCGGAGGUGGGAACGAGAACAGGGGCGCAAGGAUGUGACAGAGGACAUGUCUGAAGAUUUGUCUGAAGGAGAGAAAGGAGAUGGUCUAGGAGAGCUUGGGGUCGACAGCGCCCAGAAAAAGCUCCAACGGAACUUCUCCAAUAUCGAAGUAUGGUCAGACAAUAAGAAGGAGAAGAAGCUUUAUAUCGUCCUCAUUAGGUACAAUCAAUCAUCUAUUGAGUAUUCCGGAAAUCAGGCUCGCGAAUUCUUUAAAGCGAUUGAAAGAGAAAAUGAAGUUCGCACGGAAUACUCCCAGGGUUCUGACAUAUAUCUCUCACUUGAAGACUUGAAACUAGGGAGUAAAGGAAACCUGGAAGAGCUUAAUCCGGGUUGUAGGGUACAGCUAACUUUAGGUGAACCUGGAUUAUCCCGUUUCUCAUACAAAGCUGUACUCCUUGAUGCUCAGAAAGAUUCUGGACCUUUCACGUAUCAUUGUGGUGUUUUCCUUGUCCCAAAGACAAGAGCUCGUGAGUGGCUUUUUUCAUCAGAAGAAGGUCAAUGGCUAGUUGUUGAAAGCUCAAAGGCUGCUCGUUUGGUGAUGAUUUUGCUGGACUCCAGUAAUUCUAAUGGUUCAAUGGAUGAUAUCCAGAAGGAUCUCUCUCCUUUGGUAAAGCAAUUGUCACCAGGUGAUUGUGACAAUGGAGCUCAAAUUCCGUUUAUGACUGCAAGUGAUGGAAUUAAGCAGCGAAGCAUUGUGCAUAAGGCUACAUCCACUUUGACUGGUUCAAUUAUUGUGGAUGAUGUGAUCUAUGAAAAGCUAGACAAUGAUCUCAGUCGUCGCAUUCCAUUUAAUGAUGUCAUGUUUCGCCGCCUUAUUUUUCAAAGAAGUGAGGGUUUGGUUCAAUCUGAAGCUCUUCUACUAAGAGAAGGAUCGAUUGAAACUCAAAUUGAUAUAGAGAAAAGAAGAACGCACUCAACUUCUAAGUCCAAGAGAAAAGGAAUUCAGAAAAGGGUUGGUUCUCGUGAAGUAGAGUCUCUUACAUCUAAAAACAAUUUGAAAGUUGAUCAUAACUAUUUGGCAAGUUCAUAUCAUAAUGGAAUUAUUUCUGGAUUGAUGUUGAUUUCUUCAUAUUUGGAAAAGGUUUCAUCAGCUCAUGGCACUGUGAAAGCAAUUGUUAUUGGUCUUGGAGCAGGAUUACUUCCCAAGUUUCUCCAUAAGUGCCUACCUUUUCUGGAGAUUGAGGUGAAAUUCUAUGUUCGUUCGGUUGAUGAUAUAAGCCCAGCUCCCCAAUCUGUCCCCGAAGAUGGCACCUUCGAAAAUAUUCUGAACACGAGAAAUCAAAUCUAA